AUGAUAACUAACGUAAACAGAAAAAGUGGAGAUAGAGAAAAGGAUGAUAACAACUGCCAGGCAUCACUGAAUGCUACUACUGAUCAGGCGAGGAUCAACGCCUGGGAACAACUUGGGCAACUCAUUGAUGGACUUUUGGAAUUCGUUAAGCCAAAAUCGAAUGUCCACAAAGAGAUCAAGACAAAGAUAACAAAAAUCGCCAAUGCUUUUCUUAAAGUAAAGGCAUUGGAAACAGGUAAAGAGGCGAAGCAGCCUCUAAGUCAGCUGCCAGAAACACAAUUCCUGCCACUAGAGAUAAGGACACGGAAUAUAGAAGAAUUAUCGGCCAUAGAUACCGGAGCCGAUGCAGAUAGCGAGUUUGCUGUAGACAUUCUGCCUCGGCCUGUCAAGCGAAAAGACCGAACGCCGCCAAAGACUGGAACUAAGAAGAGGAGAGAGGAAGUACAAACAACUCUGCCUUCCCCAACAAUGAGCAAAGAUGAAGAACAUUCAAACACUGAGACAGAAACUGGAUGGCAACGAGUCAAGGUAAAUCUCAAUCACUGCGAGGCGGCACAUGAUCUGCUUAUGCAGACUGUGCGUGAACUGAAAGUAAAUUUGGCAAUAGUAUCAGAACCUUAUAAACAUUUGAAUACACAGCCGUGGGAAAUGGAUAGAACUGCAGGAGCAGCCAUCUGGUCCUGUAGCAAGCUGCCUUUCCAAAAUGUUAUAAAUACAGAGGCAUGUUUUGUAGCAACAAAAGUAGAGGAUAUAUAUUUUUAUAGUUUUUAUGCUCCGCCCAGCCUUUCCUUUGAUGAAUAUGUAAACUUCCUUGAUCGACUGACCCAGAGUGCGAAGCAGUACUUUCCUGUGGCCAUAGCUGGAGAUUUUAAUGCCUGGGCUGUAGACUGGGGCAGUAAAAAAAACCAAUGCAAGAGGGAACGCGCUACUAGAAGCUAUGGCAAUAUUAGAUGUAGCCCUGUUGAAUAA